GCAUUUUCAACCGGAGCCUCAUCUCUUACCUGAACUUGAAUCCUCACUUUGGUUCUGACUCCGGUCCAAGUCUACCCCUUGGCCUAGCCCUCACCCUACCUGCCUGGUCACAGUUCCUGUCUUCCUUUCAGCUCUGUAAGCCUCAGAGGUUGCGCUGACUCAAGCAUGCCGAUCAAGUAUGAAGACCACCAAACCCUGGAGAGUGAGGAGGGAAGCCCGAAGUUUAGGAAUGGGUCUCGCCUUCUCCAGCCCUUCCAGCAGCGGAUUUGCUACGGAUCCCAACUUCACCUGCUCUUGCUGGGCCUCGGUCUUCUGCUGCUGGUCAUCAUCUGUGUGUUUGGAUGCCAAAUUACCAAGCUUCAGAGGGACCUGCUGACCCUGAGAACGACUUCCCUCAAUUUGUCAUCCAGCACCGCAGCUGAGAUCCAGGCACUGAACAGCCAGGCUCCCUGUGACCCAGAUGGCAGGUUCCAAGGAGCGGUGACAUCUCUGCAGAGCGAGCUGAAGGAACACAAACAGCUGCUGCAAGCAGGCCAAGGCUUGAAGAACAAGUUGCUGACUCUGGAGAGCAACCUGGAGAAAGAGAAGCAGGAUCUCAAAGCAGUUCACGACAUCAUCAUCCUGGCAAUUCAGCAUCAUGCCGCUGAACUGCAAUCCCUGACUUGUCAGAUGACUGCUCUCAAGCGCAAUGCCUCUCGGAGUACGUGCUGUCCCAUGAACUGGGUGGAGCACAGAGGCAGCUGCUACUGGUUCUCUCAGACGGGGAAGUCCUGGCAGGAGGCACAGCAGUACUGCCAGAUGGAGAAUUCCUACCUGGUGGUGGUGAAUUCACAGGAAGAGCAGAAUUUUAUCCAGCACCGCACAGGCACUUUAAACACCUGGAUGGGCCUCAUGGAUGAACACGGGCCUUGGAAAUGGGAGGAUGGGACAGACUAUGAGACAGGCUUCAAGAACUGGAGUCCAAAACAGCCCGACAACUUUGAGGGGCACGGCCUGGGCGGAGGCGAGGAUUGUGCUCACUUCACUGAGAAUGGCGAGUGGAAUGACAAUGUCUGCCAGAGGCUCUUCCACUGGGUCUGUGAGACCAGGCUGACUGAAGCCAGCUAG